UGUUUGCUACUCACGCAGCUGAAUAUGACCUUCGCUCUGCAAAAAGAGCUUCUCCUGCUGUGCCCCUCCCAACGGCAUAGCAUAGGUGCCUUGUUCUGCAUAUCAACAUUUCAAGCAAAAGUGCCUUGCAUCUCUCAGCUGUGAGCUUGGUGAACUUGCGUCAUGGUUCAGCAUCGGGACCCCUUGGUUGAAGGAUUGCUGCGUCUUGGAAAGGCGACGGACUUUCGGCAGCCAGCAGAAGGGGGCGCAGCUACAACUAGAGCACAAGUUAUUCGUCAUUUGCGUCCUCAAAACCGGGAUGCAGUCAGCGCGAUUAUCUCCGCGUUCCAUGGCGCCGAGGAUGCCCAGCGGCUACGGGCAGCAGCAAACAAAGCGAAGGACAACGGGGCGCGGACCGGAAAAGAAGUCACAAUCGAUCAUAAACUUCAAGCGGCGCUGCGCUGCCUAGAGGCGCGCAAGGCGCGUGUACGGGAGCAGGAGUUGGCACAAGACCAGCUCGAGGCGCAAGUCCGGUCGCAGUUGGGCGCCGGCCUGGAGGACCAGGCCAAGCUGACUCGCCUUCAGCUGGAGCAGCAGCAACAGAGGGAGAGGGCGAACCUACUAGCGCUGCUCGUCAAUCGCAGCAGGCGGUUGCGUCCUUCCCUGGAAGAGUUCACAUAUCGACAGCGGCAGCAGAUUCAGGCGGUGCGGUCGCGAAUGCUUGGCGAGGCAGAUCCUGGCGGCGAUGGCGCCACGGUGGAGCGCGUGGGGCAGAUGUGUGCCCUUGUGCAGCAGGAGCUUUGGAUGCAACUCAACGCUGCGAGCAUGGAUGCCGCCGCAGCUGGCGGUAUGCACGGCUCGCUUAUGCUGACCAGCGGUGGCGACCCCUUAGGUGUGGACCCCUUCGCGGGAGCGCUGAGCGCACCCUUUCCCGGAGCGAAUCCGCAACCUGAACUGGAGAAGUUCCUGCACCUGCCUCGUAGCAGCGUCCUGCAGCGACAGCUGAGCACCUUUCUGCUGCUGCCGCCACAGAAGCUGGUGCACGCAAUCUGCCAGGGUCUGGGUCACCUGUCCAGAUCAUCUCGCAAUGGUCUGUCGGUGCUGGUGGGCGGCUGGGACUUGCUCGCAGACGCGCGACGACGAUGCCAGGCGCUAGGAGCGGCCGUGGACCCCUUGUACGAUGUACGGAAAAUGCAGCAGGCUCAAGUGGACAGCUACGUGGAGCUUCGUCGCCUGGAGAACCAGGUGCUCGCUGCCAAGACCCGGCUGACGGAGCUGGCGAUGCUUCCCGCAGUCAAGCAGGCGCUCAGCCAGCCGACCGUCAGGACGAGGGUCAAGAACGAGGGUGUGCGUGCCGCCCUGGGGGCGGGCCGUGCCUCCUUCGAUGUCCUCAUCCGCGACGCGGAGGACCAGGGAGAGCUGGUAGAGGAGGUGGGGAGGCUGGAGGCCGCGGCCUUCGAGCUGGAGCGGGAGGAACGGAGGCUGGAGAGCCUGGUUAGCUUGCUAACCAACUCUCUGGGCCAGGUGCUUUCCGAGUGGCAGCAGCAGUACCCCGCAAACCAGGAGUUCGUGCACCGCAUGCUGCCCAAAGUGUACGGCGACCUUGCGGACCGCGCCGCACGCAACAUCGACAGCCUAUCGCGUGGCGUGUCGGAACUGAUGCGGGUACCUUGCGAGCUGCUGCCCGUGAUGGCGGAGCAGCGCCGGAUGCAGCGGCUACAAGGGGGGGAUGUGAUGGGCACUGCAGCGGCGGCGGUGGGAAGUUCGGGGCAGGGGCGGCCUGGCAGUGGCAGCCUGGGCUUCCCCUCUUUGAACUCUCUGUCGUUAGUGGAACGCCUGCGUCUUACAUUGCCGUACGUGGGGCCCCAGCGUGCCAUCGCCAUGCUGCGCGCCUCCGCCGCGUCGGGCUGCAGUGCCUACUUGGGCGUGGCUUCGACCCAUGGGUCACUUUUCGUCCGCAGCUCCGCCGCCAGCACCGCCAGCAGUCAAGGCGCACAAAGCAGCACCAGCGACGUUGUGCUGCUGGGCGCGUGCAGCGUUAGUGGUAGUGUCAGCGCCAGCCUUAACGCAGGCAGCGGGUGCUGGGCCGGCUCAGGCUCCUGGUCUGGGGCUGCCCAAGGUCAAGGCCUGGGGUCGGGCUUGGCGGCGGCCGCUGCGGCCGCCGGCUGGGGUGGAGGUGGCCGGGGGUCUGGCGCCGCUGAGAACCUCCACGGGACUGGCGGCACGGGGGCCGGUGGCGGCGGCAGCGGCGGGUUGGGCGGCAGCUGCUCAUGGCUGGGCGCCACCGGCGCGGCCUCGUCUGCUCCAGCGGUGGCGUGGGGCCCCGGUCCAGCAGCGCUGGGGCUACCGACGCUGUGCUAUUGGCUGGCAGCUGCGUCGGCGCUUGACCCGCUGGCCCCGCUGCGCUGCCCCGCCGCGCUCCUGCGUGACUUGAACGACCGGUUUCAAAAUCAUGACCAGGCGGCCAAGUGGCUCACCGCCGCGGAUGCUCAGCUGCGGUCCCGGCAACGUGACGUGGCCGCAUUACAGUCCACCGUUCUGGCCCUGCGAGAGGCCCUGGAGGCCAAGCGCCAGUCCGACGCAACGGAAAUGUUGGACCGGUUGAUGCGCUCGAGGAAGGGCAUGCUCAAGUCCGUGGACGAGUACGCGCCUCGCGUGCGGAGAGCCAUGCGGGAAAUGGAGGAGCAAGGCGCUGUGAAGCUGGUCCCCUGGCGCAAGGUGAAUGGCCUGACCGCACUGGAAAUGCUCAAUGAGAUUCGCAGCAUCUUUGCGCGCGUCAACCAGUUACAACAGCAGCCUCUGCAGCCGCACGAACGGCCCUACGGCGCCCUCAUGCCCCCGCCGGCCCGGCCUGCCUUCUGA